AUGCAUACUCAUAAGCACAACAGCAUACAGUCAUUGAAGCCCCGCUACGGGCGAUGUUAUCAGUGUCCGACUGGCGCGACAUCGCUGCUUCCCGUGGUGUGCGGCAGCGUCAUCAUUGUGUGGUCCCGAGGUCUGCGUACGCAUCUGGCUUCUGCUGGUCACCCUGAAUCAGGUAAACAGCGCGCAUGUUCCAAGUACAGAAGAAGGAACGCCUUUUUCUCUCCUAGAGCCAGGUUCACCACGGCCCAGGCACCCAUCGCGUGGUUGUUCUAUGACCGUAAACACUCAAGUCCACCCCAUGCCGGUGCGCAGACCACCUUCAUAGAUCGUGGUUCAAAAGCGCAAGUCUGCCUUGCGACGAAGACUCCAUAA